UCACUGGGGAGGCGCGAAGACAGCGAGACUCGGGGCCCGCACCGUUCAAAAACCUCUGGAGCGGGGCGGACCCGGCGUGGGGCCCAGGGCACCGCAGCCCCUCAGUGCCUGCGCCAGCUGAGGGCCGCUGCCUGUGUGAGCAUGCGCCCGGCGGCCGGCGCCCGGCGCGCGGCGUUUAGGCUCCGGCGGGAACUGCGCCCGCGGAAUCUUGGUUCCCCCCGACUGCGCCGGGACGACUGCGCACUACCGGUGCCUGUACUUCGCCUUCUUCGUGAUCGCGGGCGCUGGGCGGCGAGCUGCGGAUGCCCAGAGCGUCUACGCCGCGCUUUCACCGAGGACUGGGGCAGUAGGAGGCUCUGGGUGACGCCCGGCGGAAAGCCCAACUUCGAUUAUCUGCUUCAGAACUACGGACACCUGGUUGUACCUGUUGCAAACUGUGGGGUCCAAGAAUACAACUCCAACCCCAAAGAACACAUGCCCCUCAGAGACUACAUCAGCUACUGGAAAGAGUACAUUCAGGGGAACUACUCCUCUCCACGGGGCUGUCUCUACCUCAAGGACUGGCAUCUAUGCAGGGACUCCUCAGCGGAGGACGUGUUCACCCUGCCCGUGUACUUCUCGUCCGACUGGCUCAACGAGUACUGGGACGUCCUGGGCGUGGAUGACUACCGCUUCGUCUACAUGGGGCCCGGCGGCACCUGGAGGACACCAUCUCCAUCAACCACAACUGGGUCAACGGCUGUAACCUGGCCAACAUGUGGCACUUCCUGCAGCAGGAGCUCUGGGCGGUGCAGCGGGAGAUCAUCGAGUGGAGGGACACCAUGCCCGACUGGCACCACCACUGCCAGGUGGGACGGCUGGUCUGAGCAGGAGCAGGGCGCACGGGGAGGCUCACCGGGGCUACAGUGGGAGGACGGGUAUGGGCCUCACCAGGAAGCAGGUGCUGGGGGGCUCCAGCUGCGGCUGGCACUGAAGCAGCUUGAGCUCGAGGUGCAGCUGGAUCUGAUGGUGGAGCUGCUGCUGUCGCUGGUCACGGACCUGGCGCAGGGCUCCAAGAGGUCUCUAGCUCUGGGAUGGCUGUGUCUCUGCUCUCCGAAUCGGUUCCGGGUGUAA